GGCCCAGAUGGGGGAACCCCGGGCUGGGGCCGCCCUGGACGAUGGCAGCGGCUGGACGGGCAGUGAGGAAGGCAGUGAGGAGGGUACCGGCGGCAGUGAGGGGGCUGGGGGUGACAGGGGCCCGGAUGCAGAGGGGGUGUGGAGCCCAGACAUUGAGCAGAGCUUCCAGGAGGCCCUGGCCAUCUAUCCACCCUGCGGCCGCCGGAAAAUUAUUUUGUCUGAUGAAGGCAAGAUGUAUGGUCGGAAUGAACUGAUCGCCCGCUACAUCAAGCUGAGAACGGGGAAGACCCGAACUCGAAAACAGGUUUCUAGUCACAUCCAGGUUUUGGCCCGAAGGAAAUCGAGGGAAAUCCAGUCCAAGUUGAAGGCUCUGAAUGUGGACCAGGUUUCCAAGGACAAGGCUUUCCAGACAGUGGCGGCCAUGUCCUCUGCCCAGCUCAUCUCCGCACCUUCUCUGCAGGCCAAACUGGGUCCCACUGGUCCUCAGGUGGUCCAGGCCUCUGAGCUUUUCCAGUUUUGGUCUGGAGGAUCUGGGCCCCCCUGGAAUGUUCCAGAUGUGAAGCCAUUCUCACAGACACCGUUCUCCUUGUCACUGACUCCCCCAUCUACUGACCUCCCAGGGUACGAGCCCCCCCAAGCCCUCUCACCCCUGCCCCCACCUGCCCCAUCACCCCCAGCCUGGCAGGCUCGGGCCCUGGGCACUGCCCGGUUGCAGCUGGUAGAGUUUUCAGCCUUUGUGGAACCGCCGGAUGCAGUUGAUUCUUACCAGAGGCACCUGUUCGUGCACAUCAGCCAGCACUGCCCCAGCCCCGGAGCGCCGCCACUCGAGAGCGUGGACGUCCGGCAGAUCUAUGACAAAUUCCCCGAGAAAAAGGGUGGCCUCCGAGAGCUGUAUGAUCGUGGCCCGCCCCACGCCUUCUUCCUGGUCAAGUUCUGGGCGGACCUGAACUGGGGCCCAAGUGGUGAGGAGGCGGGGGCCGGUGGCAGCAUCAGCAGUGGUGGCUUCUAUGGAGUGAGCAGCCAGUAUGAGAGCCUGGAACACAUGACCCUCACCUGUUCCUCCAAGGUCUGCUCCUUUGGCAAGCAGGUGGUGGAGAAGGUGGAGACGGAACGGGCCCAGCUGGAGGACGGCAGAUUUGUGUACCGCCUGCUACGCUCGCCCAUGUGCGAGUACCUGGUGAAUUUCUUGCACAAGUUGCGGCAGCUGCCUGAGCGAUACAUGAUGAACAGCGUCCUGGAAAACUUCACCAUCCUCCAGGUGGUGACAAACAGAGACACCCAGGAACUGCUGCUCUGCACCGCCUAUGUCUUCGAGGUCUCCACCAGUGAGCGUGGGGCCCAGCAUCACAUUUACCGCCUGGUCAGGGACUGAAGGGGGACCCCAAAACUGGCUCACCCCCAGAACACCCUCCUCCCAGGGAGGGUCCUCCAGCUCACCUCAUGCUUCUUAUUUGGGGAGAGGGCUGUGAUGUAAAGGGGUUGACCUCAGAGGCCUAAGCAACUGGGGCCAUCCCCCCCAUUAGAGGGGCCCCCAAAACUUGGUUGGAGAGCUGAACAGGCUGGGACUGAGGAAAGGAUAAACCCCGAUAUUGGGACUUCACAGUGGGUAUCUGAAAGGACAGAUCACUCCAGAGUAUCAGGGAUUGUGGGGACAGGAGUGAGACAACCCCCAGGUACAGCACUGGCUUUUCAGCCCCUGGCAGGGCCCCCCCACUCCUCUGCAUGUCUUGGAGAGCCCUAGUUACACAUUGGCUUGUCCCCUUUACUUUUCCCCAGCCACCCCUCCCCCUGAAAUUUCUGCCCCUCUCUCUACCACCCUCACUCCAUGACCUGUGAGAUCACAAAGUGAAGAUGAACCCUUUCUGUGCAGGAGCAGAGCCAGGUGGGCCCUGGAAAUAUAUAUUUUUUUAAUAUAACGAGAUAUUUAUAAGUGGGUGCUAGGGUCUUGACUUUAUCUCAGCUGCACAAGCAGUGGGUUGAAACUUUCUAAUCUCAUCCCCCCUCCUAAGUGAGCCCUGAGCCAGACUGUUUCCUCCCUCCCCUCUCAAAGUUUGUUGGUUUGUGUUCUGAGAGAGGAUAAAGCUAUUUUACCAAAAA